CUUUAAAAACCUGAGGAAGCUUUUCAUAUAUCCUUAUGUACAUUGCUUAUUCUAAACAUUCUCACACUUGAGGUAUUGGUCGACGAGAUUUUCCGCCACUACGAACUAGAUUCAUUUAUAACAUUGUGAGCUCCUUUAAAAGUUGCUAGUGAUAUCAAACAAGGUCAACAUGGCUCCAAACCGCAUCGAAUACAAUUUUGCGGGUGCUCAAUCCGUAGAAUCAUUUGAUAGUGCUGAGUUUAGUGAAGAUGAUAUAUAUCACAUAGCUCCAAGAGAUAUUGAUGAUAUAGGUAUUGGUCUGGGCAAUGAAGUACAUCGACCGGUGAUACGUGGAAAUCUUUUCCUGGUAGGAUCCGGUCCCGGUGACCCUGAGCUGCUAACCAUGGCUGCAUACAGGCAUUUGUGUACCGCGGAUUUGGUUGUAUCCGAUCGGCUGAUUCCACAAGAGAUUUUAAAACUGGUCACCGGGGAUUUAAAGAUUGCGCGUAAACACCCUGGCAACGCGGACGCGGCCCAAGUUGAGCUGAUGGAUUGGUGCAUGGAAGGCAUACUGAGGGGCCAAAAAGUGGUUAGAUUAAAGAACGGCGACCCUUUUCUGUACGGCCGGGGAGGGGAGGAAGUCAACUAUUUUAGAAGGUUUCAUAUUGAUCCUGUGGUAAUACCAGGUAUUUCAAGCUCGUUAAGCGCACCACUUCUGGCAGGGAUUCCCCCAACCCACAGAGGGGUGGCUGACCAGGUAUUAAUAGCUACCGCACACGGCAAAAAUGAUACUAUACCGGACUUGCCACCUUACGCACGGAAUCGUACUACGAUAUUUCUGAUGUCGAUUGGACGGCUAAAUACACUUACAAAAGGCCUGAUGCAGGAAGCAGGCUUCCCCACAGACACUCCAGCGGCCAUCAUCGAAAAAGCGUCCCAUUCCAACGGACAACAACGUGUAUUCAAAAGUACAUUAGAACACAUCGCACGCAUAGCCGAUUUAGAAAAUGUAAAGCCGCCAGGGGUGGUGGUUGUUGGUCACACUGUUAACGCCAUCACAGAAAAUUACAAGUUCUGA